AUGGCCGCUCAGAAACCUACCUACCGCAUCGCGUCCAUUCCGGGCGACGGGAUAGGUAUCGAAGUCGUCGACGCUGCCAUCCAGGUGGUAGAAAAGCUCGCCAAGACUCUUGGAACAUUCGAUAUCGAUUUCACACACAUUCCAUGGGGAACUGCAUACUACAAGGAACACGGCCGAUAUGUGUCAGAGGAUUGUUUAGACACGCUGCGCAAGUUCGACGCCGGGCUGUUUGGUGCCGUCGGUGCCCCAGAUGUUCCGGACCACAUCUCCCUUUGGGGCCUCUUACUAGCACUUCGUGGGCCGCUGCAGCUAUAUGCUAAUGUCCGCCCCGUCCGCACAUUCCCGGGCAGCAAAUGCCCGCUCAACACCGCGACAGAGGGCAUUGACUGGAUGCUUGUGCGCGAAAACUCCGAAGGAGAGUACUCCGGUCAGGGCGGACGCAGUCAUGUCGGUCAACCGUGGGAAGCGGCGACGGAGGUGGCCAUGUUUACCCGUGUCGGAAUCGAGAGGAUUAUGCGCUUUGCCUUUGAAGUCGCUCAAUCCAGGCCCCGCAAGCUACUGACUGUGGUGACGAAGAGUAACUCCAUGCGGAAUGGUAUGGUGCUCUGGGACCAGGUUGCGGCGGAAGUCGCUAAGGAUUUCCCCGACGUGACGUGGGACAAGAUGCUGGUGGAUGCAAUGACGGUCCGCAUGGUGGCGAAGCCCCAAUCUAUCGACACCAUCGUGGGAACGAAUCUACACAUGGACAUUCUGUCCGACUUGGCGGCGGCGUUGGCUGGAUCUAUCGGUGUGGCUCCUUCCAGUAACCUGGAUCCAACCCGGAAGAAUCCCUCUAUCUUUGAGCCCGUACACGGGAGUGCGUUCGAUAUCACUGGAAAGGGUGUGGCCAACCCCGUGGCCACUUUCUGGUCCGCGGCGGAGAUGCUGUCCUGGUUGGGUGAAAAGGAGGCGGCGAAGAAGCUCAUGAAUUGCGUGGAAAGGGUAUGCGCUGCUGGUAUUCUCACGCCGGAUCUUGGAGGCACGUCGAAUACGCAAGGAGUGGUAGAUGCUGUGAAGAAAGAGAUUGAGCGCUUGGGAUAG